AUGUCGAUGCCAAUGCCCGGCCCCAUGCAGAUGGGCCCCAACGGGCAGCCCAUGCCUUCGCCUGAGCAGAUCGCUGCCAUGCGCAGACAAAUAGAGGCCGAUGCUCAAAAGGCCGGCAUGAGUGUCCCGGAUUUCCUCAACCACCUCCGACAACAGGCCAUGCAGCAGCAACGGAUGGCUCAGCAGCAACAGCAACAACAACAGCAGGGCGGCGGCGCAGGUGGAGAGGGCGACCAUGAUCACGAUCAUGACCACGAAGGUCAUCAGCACCCUCACCAGCACCAGCAGCCGCAGCAAGGCCAGCCUCAACCCAUUAGGCCUGGUCCGCCCAAUCCCGUUGCGCUUGCGCUGGCUAGCUUUUUGCGCGCCCAGGAUUUGAAGCCUCGUACCUGUAUCCUCAAUGGCGAGCGCAAAGAUAUGUUCAAGGUCAAGCGUGCGCUCCGUGCUCUCCAGUCCCCCGCCUACGAGAAAGCGCGCAAGAAGAACCCUGAGCUGCCUGAGAUCACCGAUCGCGCGUCUCUUGAGAACACCUUCAAGCUUCUUCCCAUGUCGAUGCUUGCUCUGCGCGUUACCAAGACCGACCCCCACGAAGGUCACGAUCACGGUCCGAAGAAGACGAAGCGCAUCAAGGGUCUCUGGACCGUCCGUAUCGAGCCUCAGCAAGAGGCCAAGGAAGAGAUGUACUACGCGUGGUUCUGGGAGGGCAGCCAGGUUAAGCGCAAGCUGUACUCGAUCCUCGCCCUUGUGCUGAUCUUCAUCGUCGUCUGUUAUCCCCUCUGGCCCCUCAAGCUUCGCCUCGGCGUUUACUACCUUAGUUGGGGAUUCUUGGGCUUGCUCGGCCUGUUCUUCCUCAUGGCCAUCUUCCGUGUAAUUCUCUUCUGCAUCACCUACUUCGUAACAUCUCCCGGCCUCUGGUUGUUCCCCAAUCUUUGGGAGGAUGUCUCGUUCAUGGACAGCUUCAAACCCGUCUGGGCUUGGCACGAUACUGCUCCCAAGAAGGGUAAGAAGAAGAAGGCCUCAUCUGGUGGCGCUUCGAGUGCUGGUGGUACCUUCGCCGCAUCCACUGGCCAGCCUCUCCCGGCUUCCGCAACCACAACUGCGACGGAGACGCAGAUUGCUUCGCAGCCCGCACAACGCCCAGGCUAUGUUGCGCCAGCUGUGGAAGAGCUUGGUGAUGAUGAGGAGUAG